AUGCCUACGAGUCCGGAGAUGCUCCAUGAUGGCUAUCCAAGCGCCCAAUCCUCAUUGCAAAGCCUGCUAAAUGCACAGCCUCCCAAAAGCCGCACGCGCAAGAGGUCGGCAUCUUGUCCUCCAAGAAUUGGUGACCCAUCGUUGGACGAUCUCAUCUACCGUAUGGAGGAUUUGUCCAUGGAACUGCCGCAUUCAGAUGCCGUUGAGGAGCCAUGUUCCCCCUGUGCACAAAAGCAAAGCGCUGGACAUGCCGCGCGCUCGCAAGAUGUGAGCGGCAUCACUCCAGAAAAUGCACAGACUUUGCUCGACCCAGCCGCCUGUCUCUUCGUUGCAAACCUUCCCAUUCAAAUCUCCGAUAGGGAGAUCCAAUUGGCUCUUACUCAGUUCUUGACCAUCGAAGGCAGACAAAACUUCGUCAAAGUCCAUCGAAUGCGGUCAGGUGUGCCAUUCGCCCAUGUUCAAUAUCUGGAAGUUGCCACUGCCAAGGAAAUACUCGAAACGAAGAAUCAUCGUCUCUUGUGGAAUCGCCAGCUGCGCAUUGAGCCAGCAAGUGCAUCACGAUUCCUGUAUGUUGGCCACAGAGACCAGAGGCUGAACGCGCCCACAGAGGGCGAGAUAAGAAAGCUUUUCGCUCACUUCGACGUCGAUUCUGUUCAAGAGCCAACCGAGGACGAGAUAUCGCGAUUAGGAAAAUGCGUCCUCGUUCACUUCGCCAAAUGGGGGGAGUGUGGGGAAGCACUGCGUGCCCAUCGGGAGGAUGGUGCGUACUGGAUGAAAGGCCCCAAAAAGUCGCCGGUUGCCGAUUAUCAUCACGCUAAAUUGUACGAACGUCAGCUAUCGCUUCAAGCAUCGCUCUCUUCGACCAUGUUACCAUUUACGGCGUGGACGUCAGAUUUCAUGAGCAAGAUGCCGACGUGCUAUCCCGUCUACAAACACUUCUCACCGGCUCAGUUGGAUAGACGUCCAACGAAACGACGCAAGCACGACCAUCGUACAAUGGAUGCUCUUCCACAACCUCGAUACAUUCAACGCUGUUGA